AUGAUUAGGGUCGAAGGCGAAAUUUGUGAAGAAGCAGUGUACAGGUGGUAUCAUGGAGAUUCAGGCAUGAAAAACUCACGUGAACUUUCAUUGAAAGCAAGAAAACAUCUGUCUGCUAUGGGAUGGGAAUUUUGGUACGCAAAGAAAAAAGGGAAACAGGAAUUGAGGUAUCAAUCACCAAAAGGAAAAGUUUUCUAUUCACUCAAAACGGCUUGCAAAAGUUAUAUCGAUGAACGAAGGGAAGAAGGAAGAGUGGUGGAUAGAGACUUGAAACCCAAGCAACCGGCAAAAAGAAAGAGAUUGAGCCAGGAGACACCAACCCAAGCCACCAAAAAGAAGAAAAAACCGAAGAAAAUUAAACGACACCGAUCAAGUAAAAGAGUACGAGAGGCUCCACCUCCUAAUUCAUCUAAUCGCAACCCUAAAACCGUUCUCUCUUGGUUGAUAGAUAACAAUGCUGUUUCGAUACUGGCAAAAGUGUAUUACCGCAAUAAGGCAGGGAACCCAUUGAUGAAAGGACGGAUAACUCGUAAUGGGAUCCAAUGUGAUUGUUGUUUCAGGGUUUUUACUCUCACUGCCUUCGAGAAUCAUGCUGGUAGUAACAACCAUAGGCCAGCUGCUAAUAUAAUCUUGGACGAUGGCAGUGGCAGGUCUCUUUCUGAUUGUCAAAGGCAAGUGAUCACGAGUUCCAAAGUAGAGAGCCCUAAAAUUGUGAAGGACAAUUCGUAUCAACAUGAGAGUGAUGAGGUUUGCUCUGUUUGUCGCGAUUGGGGAGAAUUAAUUUGCUGUGAUCAUUGCCCUUCUGCUUUCCAUGUGAAUUGCCUUGGCCUGAAGGAAGUUCCAGAUGGAGACUGGUUUUGUCCAUCAUGCUGUUGUGGAAUUUGUGGCAUUGGAUAUUUAAGUGAUGGUAGUUUUCUUACUUGUCAACUAUGUGAGCGUAAAUUUCAUGUUGGCUGCCUGAGGUUGGAGGAAUCAAACGACCUAAAGAAUUAUCAGACUCCAAAAAACUGGUUUUGCAGCCAUAGAUGUAAAAAUAUCUUAUCUGGCCUGCAAAAGCUUACAGGAAAACCAAUUACAGUGGGGAACAAUCUCACUUGGACGUUAUUGAAGUCUGAGGCCUGCUCUGAUAGUGAUUCUGAUCAUGCUCAUGGCCUGGAUGCUUCUGCAGAGAAUGACUGUAAGUUGAGUGUUGCACUUGAUGUGAUGCAUGAGUGUUUCGAGCCUAGUAGAGAUAUUUACACUGGGAGAGAUCUGGUUGAAGAUGUUAUUUUCAGCAGAGGGUCCAAGCUGAAACGAUUGGAUUUCAAAGGAUUCUAUACUGUGAUUCUGGAGAAAAAUGAUGAUCUGGUUUCUGUGGCUACUGUGAGGGUGCAUGGGGACAGGGUGGCUGAAAUGCCCCUUGUUGCUACCAGGUUCAGACACCGUCGCCGUGGAAUGUGUCGAGUUUUGGUGGAUGAACUUGAAAAGAAUCUAACUAAAUUCGGGGUGGAGAAGCUGAUUUUACCUGCAGUGCCUGAUGCAGUCGACACAUGGACUAACAGCUUUGGGUUUUCUCACAUGACUGAUGAUGAAAGAUCAGAGCUUCUGCACUAUACUUUUCUAGAUUUUCAAGGGACCAUAAUGUGCCGAAAACUGUUAAAAUAGACGGAUUUGUGAGACUGAUAUAUCAUAUGCCUGUAUUCUGAUACUUUUCAUAUGGUUCCAGUAUCGUUCCAUGUAUUUGCGACAUGUAUUAUUUCUAAAAUAUUUUUAUGUUUUUCCUCGUAAAUGCUACUUCAUCUAUUUUACCUGAUAUUGCACAUUUUACUCUUGGCUGUUGCCCUUGAUUUAACUCACCACUGAAUAGGAAUCUUAAUGUAAUUAAGGAGACGGGAUGAAGAUUACUUCGACAUAGUUUUGCUUAUAGUUUCAGGUUUUCAUUGUAUGAUAGCAGUUCAGUUCAACAGGUAACGGGACUUCUAUAGUUGCUAAGUGGUCGCCCAUUGCAAAAAGUUAUGAAUAAAUUCCUUGAUUUCCCUUUAAUUAUUAUACCUUUGGGAGUAUUUUGCUCUUAAACCUUGCACCAUGGAUCGAGUUCCAUGUAUUGUGGCCUGUGGAUUCAAUGGCACACCACCAGUUGUCAUUUGCUUCCAAGGCAACAGCUUAUCCCAAGUCUAAUAUGGAAAAGGAAGGAAAACGGCAUUGCAGAGUUAAAUAUGAUGACUGAUAAUUGUGGUG